UUUGACAUCACUAUGAAGCAGCUAACAUGGUUGGGUGUGGUCUCUCUUUCUUCUUCGCUCAAAAUACAGGGUUUCAAUCACAAGGAAAAUCGGUUUUUGUCACCGAAUCGGCUCUCCCCCACUCGAUGAUUCAAAAAGAUAUUUCUCCAGUUUUGUAGAGGCUAAUGCUACUGUUCUGAAUGGAUUUCUUAUGGUGAUAAAGUAUUCUGGGAAAAUGGCGUGCGGGGAGAAACACUCGUGGACAUUUAGUGGGCUAGUGGGUGCAUUUCUUGAUCUCGGCAUAGCCUAUCUCUUACUGUGUGCAUCAACUCUUGCUUAUUUGGCCUCGAAGUUUCUGGGUUUGUUCGGAUUGUGCCUACCUCGUCCUUGCAAGGGACUAUUUUGGAACCCCUGUGGUGGUCUCUGCUUGCAAAGAGCAUUAGUGGAUUGCCCGCCGGUGAAAAUUUCUUUGGUUCAGUCGUCAGUGAAGAGCAAGUUUCCUUUUGAUCAGACAUGGGCUGACGACCCAAAUUCCCAAUUUAAUACAGAGUCGGUGGAUAAAAGAAAUCAUGACAACAGGCAUGUUGAGAUGGACGGUGAAGCAUCAUGUAGCUCGUUAUUGCAGAGGGCACAAGAUAGCGUAGGGAGAGAAUUGGAGGAAAGUAAUGAAGCUGGUUUUGAGUUUGGAACGGUGAACUUGGAAGCCAUUGAAGGAGGAAGGUUUGAUUUUAAACGAAAGGCUGCUGCAGGUCAGAGGAAGAGGCUUGGUCUUCGGAGGCGUCACAGAGGGAGGACCGUUGAUAAUGGGAACCCUUGGGCAGGUUCAUCGUAUGAUCAUUCUUCUUUUGAUACAAAAGAGAGUUCUCAGACUCUUUCCGGUGCUUGCAAAAUAGGAACACACAUUACCGAAGAAGGCAGCUCAGUUCCUAUGAAUUCUGGAGAUGGCUGGGAAGCGCCCAUGCCUGUGGACAUUUGCUUGCAGGGAGGAGUUUCACAGGGUCCUGAUAUGAAUGAAUCUGUUUAUGAAGUUAAAUCUGUGGAGGAGGCAUCACCUGGUGAAGAGUUCAGGUGCAACACACAAACGGAGCUACGCUUUGACAGUAAUGAUAAAAAUACAAUCAGAAUCUUGGAACAAUCACUUGAAGAAGAGAAUGUUGCUCGUGCUGCCCUGUAUCUUGAACUUGAGAAAGAGAGAUGUGCUGCUGCUUCUGCUGCAGAUGAGGCCAUGGCUAUGAUAUUGCGUCUACAAGAGGAGAAGGCAUUGAUUGAAAUGGAAGCUAAACAAUUCCAGAGGAUGAUAGAAGAAAAAUAUGCUUAUGAUGUUGAGGAAAUGAACAUUCUUAAGGAGAUCUUACUGAGGAGAGAAAGGGAAAAACAUUUCUUAGAGAAGGAAGUUGAAGCCUACAGGCAAAUGAUGUUUGGAAAUGAUCAAUUGGAUGCUGAUAUGGAGGCCACAGAGACACAUGGGAUUUCUUCUUUGUCGCUUUCAAGUGAAGAUCCAAUGCUAAUGCUGCAGCAGAUUGCUAAAGAAAAUUUGAAAACCACAAGUAGUUCUAGGGAGUAUGAGGUCUCUCUCGAUUUGCAGAAUCAUACCAUUGCUUUUGGGACAGAACUGCCAUAUCCGGCAUUAGAUGAAGAUGCUGACUUCUCAAAACAAGGAGACAUCCUCAGACAACCAAGUAUUGACAACCGUCCAAGUUUUUUAAGUUGUGAGGCAUUUCAUGAAAAGGGAACGGCAUCCAUGGAUGAGGAUCCACUUACUCAACAAAGAGAAUUGCAUAAAUCAGAGGCACACUCACAACUAACUCAAUCAAGUAGUCCUCAGGGAUUUGAUUUGCAUGUGAGAAGCGUUAAACCAGUUGGGGAAGGACAGGAACAAAGUGAUAAUGUGAGUCUAGCCCAAAGUGUGGCAACAAAGACAAUCGAAUCGUGUGAUGAAGAUAAAACCGUUAGUGCAUAUAAUGACAAUUGUGUGGAAAUGGAUGGAACAGAUACAAAUCAGGAGGUCAAAGUUUCACAAAGCUCAGUUUGUGAGACAGAGCCUCGUGUUUAUGAUGUCCAUGUGAUUGAUGAUGAAUCUAGUAUGUUUAAUGAAGCUAGUGGAAAGAAGAGUCGUCAUUUCUCAAGAAAUGCUUCCUUAAACCUGCAUAUGAAACAUGGUAGUCCAAUCCUGAGCAGCUCAGAGACUGACGUAGAAAUCAACAGAAUCAGGUCAGAUACAACUAGUGGACUGCCGCCAAAGGUUCCCACCCGCAGCAAAUCUUUGGUUUCUCGUAUGCGGAGAAACUCAAUGUCUGCGUUUGAUUUUCAGAGACAUUCAAUGUCUUCUUUUGAUAAUGAAAGGUUAAAAAUUGAUAACGAGGUAGAGUGGCUUCAAGGAAGACUAAGGAUGGUACAAAAAGGAAGAGGGAAGCUCAACUUCUCUUCGGGGCACAAGGAAAGGGAAAAAAUCCAGUUGCAACUUCUGGAGGAUAUAACGAGUCAACUUCGAGAGAUUCGACAGUUAACAGAACCUGGAAAAGCAGUGCGUCAGGCCUCUUUGCCCCCUCCAUCCUCUAAGGUAUGGUAUAAUAGAAAAGGUUAUGUCAAAGAAAAGGUGCUGGCGCAGUACAUCUUUAGGAGUACGUUGAAGGGCUUGUAUAAGGUUUGUCACACCUACAUGAAGGAUCUGGUUUUGCUGCUUUGUGGAAACUCUAAAGGGACCUUCAGUUAACUGACACUGCCUUCCCCCCCUGCCCCGGGCCCCAUUUACAUAUGCUUUUCAGGUCUGUAGUAGUGGCAUCUUGCCCCCUCUAUUAGCUUCCACUUCUAAAACAAAUAAAUAGUCACACGAAUAUCAAGCAACUAUUUUGUUGACUUCUGUUGA